AAUUGUUGAGCUGGGAGGGUGGAGGCUGCUUUUUUGGACAGCCUUCCUUUUAUAGUAAACACCAGUUGCUGUCGUCCACCCCUCUGAUGAGAGAGAGGGACCCACAGCUGAGUAUAUAAACCCUCGGAGCCUGCCUGGCUUUUUGUUCCUCUGCCUCACUGCCUUCCUGCUGCCAACCAUCCCAGCUCGUUCGCAAGUGACAACCCAGCGUCAUGGCCCCUAAAAAACCGGAUCCCAAGAAAGAGGCUGCCAAGCCAGCCCCUGCCCCGGCUCCCGCUCCAGAACCACCCAAGGAACCCGCCUUCGAUCCCAAGAGCGUCACAAUUGAAUUCAGUGCUGACCAGAUUGAAGAGUUCAAGGAGGCCUUCAUGCUCUUCGACAGGACCCCAACAGGAGAGAUGAAGAUCACUUACAGCCAGUGCGGGGAUGUCAUGCGAGCUCUCGGGCAGAAUCCUACCAAUGCCGAGGUUCUGAGGGUGCUGGGGAAACCAAAGCCAGAAGAAAUGAACACAAAGAUGCUGGACUUUGAGACUUUCCUCCCAAUGCUGCAACAUGUUGCGCGAUCCAAGGACCAGGGGACUUUUGAGGACUUCGUGGAAGGGCUACGUGUCUUCGACAAGGAAGGGAACGGCACCGUCAUGGGGGCUGAAUUGCGCCAUGUGCUUGCUACUCUAGGGGAGAAGAUGACGGAGAGUGAAGUCGAACAGCUAAUGGCAGGGCAGGAAGAUGCCAACGGCUGUAUCAACUAUGAAGCUUUUGUCAAGCACAUCAUGUCUGGUUAAAGCUGGAAUCUUCAACGUG